UUAAAAACCAAACACGAAAAAUCAUGGCCGAUCAGUGGAGAUUAACAACACCGGAUCUAUUGAGUCAGGUAAAGCGAACUAGCCGCAUAAUCUUAUCUUUCUUUGUUUCUAAACAAAGUUUAUUAAUCCUUCUUGCUUUUCCACACAUUUAGCUUGCUACUCUUGCGUUUUUAAAUGGGGGAGAAGAGGGCAAAAACCUGUACCAUAGCUAUCUUGUUGGCCGCACAGGAUAUGAAAUUUAUCAAAGACUGAAAGAUAAAGCUCCACCGAGCGAGGUUGAUGUUCUCAGGGUGAGUCUAAAGAUUAUGAAGUUGAUCUUGACAUAGCCGUCGUUUGGUUUAUAACUUGCCGUGGUAAAUUUGACAGAUAUCAAAUAUUUGUCAUUUGAUGGAUCAAAAUUUGCUUACAGUUGCAAUUUUGUUGUGUUUCUAUGCGGGUGUGUGCAUGAGCCUACUUGAAGGGCUAGGUUUUCAUGAGUUUGUCUAGAGAUGAGCCGAUGAUCGCCAAAACAUCAGCAGAGCCGAUUAACAGCUACAAUUAUCACAAUCAACCAAUUUUGUUUCACUAGCCAGUCUAUGUCGGUUUGUCCCUGUUUUAAUAUCAUGAUUUCUCAUUUUAAGGGCCUGUUCAUACGAGCCGAGCUGGCCUGUUAAACUGGGCUAGCUUGCUUGCGGGGCCAAGUUGUUAUUUGUUUCACAUAAGAUGGGCUGGCCCGGCAAGCAACAUAAGAAUUCUCACGCAAUUUUUGGCGGGAACGCGAUAUUUGCUUUAAUUUUAAAAAAUGCUAUUUUUAUUGUCGGAAACUGCUUUGGAAGUUUUGAUAGUUUAGUUUUUGUUUUGAAUUCUUAGAUGUACCCGUACUUAGUUAGAUGCUUUCUAGAUAGAAUAAAGCAUGCGUUGUGACAUAAUUUCAUAGUUUUGCUAAGUGUGUUCACAUGAGCCCGGGAAGGUGAGAUCUCGCCUUGCUCAAAUGGGAGCUCGGCAAACCGGGCCAACGCAGUUCUCAUGUGAAUCAAAUUUCAAAAACAUAUAAAAGCAAAUAUACGAGGUGAGAUCACGCCACUUGCAAAUCAGCCCAGCUCAUAUGAACUGGCCCUAAGAGUAUAAUUGUUUGGGAAACACCGAGAUUGAAACACUGCAAAGAUUACACUGGUCAAAUUUGUCCUUGAGCCGCCAAAUUCAAAUUUAUGGUGAAUCCGAACUAGUGAAAAAACGUGUUUGAAAUUCUAUAUGUGAGAAAAAAUUAUAACAGCCAACCUGAAAAGUCAGCUGCAAUUGCUACAUCCCAUCCAAAACUGGCGAGUCGAGUAAAACACUAAACCCAUUAAAUUAAGCACUAAAUUACCUUCGACGUGUGGAUCUUUUCUGAAAUGACCUGAUGGGAUAUGGUGUAUACUUGAUGUUGUUGUUUGUGCAAGCCAUUUUUAAAGUUGUUUUUAAAAGCAACCUUUCUGCACCUGAAUACUUACUUUUUAACAUAAUUUUAGUGGUAAAGAUACUAGCAGACCCCAAACUGCUUAUGCAUGCGUACACUUGGCGUAAAAAAAUACCUGUGGUUCCAGUUCCCAACCGACCCUGUUUUUUUCUGCCAACCCUAUUAUUUUUUCAACGCGAUUGACCGUGCAACCCUAUUUUCUCCGGGUGGUUGUGGGCUUCUGCCAACAUGGGCAGAUUUACUGGAGGGGUUAGGGGGGGUUAAACCCCUCCUAGAAUCUCUCUAACCCCUCUUAUAAAGUGUUCAACCCCACCAAAAUUUUGCUUCACCCCUCCUAUUUAGUGUGAAAGUCUUUAGCCUUAACGCCUAAACCCUGUCGAAGCUCGCUCAGUGGUGCCGCUUGCACCCCACCAGAAUUUUUUCUACCCCUCCUUUAAAAAAAAUGAAAAUCCGCCCUUGUCUGCCAAAAUGGCGUUUGUUGUCAAACUAAUUAUUUAAAAAACCGUGAAAAAAAUAUUCAAAAAAAAUUAUUUCCGACCUACCGACCCUAAUUUUUUCGCGAUAUGAAACCGGAACCACAGGGGUUUUUUUUACGCCCUUUGUGGAAUUUGCAGUUUAGCAUACAUAUUUACUGUGCAGUAAUUUUAUAUCAAUUUUUAAAUUUGAUGUUUUCUAGGAACAAACCAUCAAAAACAUUGCAGAAUAUGUGAAGAAGAAUCCUAGAGCAUCGGAAACGCAGUUGAAAAAUGAAUUGACAAAACAAAUAAAAACAUUUGCUGAGAAAGUAGAAGCAUUGCAAAAACAAUAACUCUAUUAUUGCAGCACAUUAAUAUAGCACAUUAAUUUCAUGUAUUGAUACUGUAAAUAUAGUCUUCAUUUGUUAGAUGUUACAAAUGCGAACAUAUACAUGACUAACAUGAGUAGCAUCAGGCCAAAUUUUCUCUUCCUUAAAUGCAGGUGGAUGGAAGGGAAAAGAAGGGCAUGACACAAAUGCAUUUCUGGCCACAUGUAAAAAAGCCAAAAUCCAGCUUUCACCUGAUUGGUCUAUCAGAAAAAAGUUUUAUAAUUCUGUUUUUGAUUGACCAGUACUAAUUAGAUUAUACUAUGCUGUGUUGGUGUAAUGUACUCAGGUGAAUAAGAUGCUUGUGUGAUGUUACUCUGGGUGUACAUCCACACUAGGCAGGCUUGAAAAAUAUGCCUGGCCACGGUGGGAUUCGAACCUACGACCUUUGGCAGAGCAUUGGGCUAGUAUUCCAAAGGUCGUAGGUGCGAAUCCCACCGUGGCCAGGCAUAUUUUGCAAGUCUGCCCAGUGUGGAUAUACACUCAGAGUAACAUCACACAAGCAUUAGAUUAUACUAUGUUCAUGAUAUAUUUAGCAGUUUUAACUAUAUUAAAUUGUUUUUGUGUGAAAUUGACAUUUACCUGUAUUGGGCACUAAAGACAGACUUUACUAUAUGUAGAGGCACUUGGGCUGGGCGGCAUUCUACAUUUCCACUCAAGUGUGUGCAAGAUUAUUGGUAUCAAAUUGUUUCCUUUUUUUGUAACAAAGUUAUCAAUGGACAACUAUGAAAGGAUGACAUAUCUAAUUUGGAUUAUAAUGUGCUAAACCAUAAUAAAAAAGUGUAAAUUGGAUCCAAUGCCCACUCCACUGACUAUAUCGAUUAUUUGGACAGUGAUCACUUGUCAACAUAUUAAGGUCAUGUUCUUGUUGAUGGGAAAAUGUCAGAUAGUUUGAUGUGUUGUUCAAGAGAUUUGUAGAUGGAAAAUUCGAAUGGAAUUUGGAGCAGUUGCGAAACAUGCAACCAAUGGCCCUCUGGCAGGAAUCGAUGCUGUGGCCCCGCGUUUCCGGUGCACCGCUCUAACCAACUGAGCUACAGAGGCC